CUCCCGGCAAAAUGGCUGAGCGAAAAACCCGGACGGGCGAUAAAUUUGCUUUCCACUGCCAGGUCCUCCUUCCUUCCUUGUGUUUCCUAUACGACUCACGAGUCCCAUCUUGGUCAGGCUCUGUUCAGCCAUGACAACGUUGUGAACCUUUGAUAGGUACUGUAUGCAACACUGCAAGUGAUUGCACUUGCACUUUAGCUGACCCAAACCCGCGGAUGCUAAAUUGCAUGCGUGCAUUUGCUCCGGUUGAUCCUCCCUCUUUCAGCACUUUUUCUUGCCCUUGCAGCUCUCAUUAGGCUGCUUGUAAGCCCUGGAGCUUAGCUGCAUCUUAAGAGUCAAGAUGGCCAAAGUAUUUCCACUGGAGACUGGGUCCUUCAGAAGUAUCUGUUGGCUGUGCAGGGAGACGCUUUCCAAUCAGUCCAAAGCAAAGUCGAAGUCAAGGGUGCCGUUGUUUUCGUCCCUAGUGAGCUGUCAAUCACCUCCACAAGGCCCUGGGGCUUCUGAAAUUAGAACAUAUGUUUACUCACACCACCAGCAGUCAACAAGAGGGGCUGCAUCGUCUCACAACGCUUGGAAUGCAGAGUUGAAAAGCGUUCUCUCAUUGGGGUCUAGGACACACACCACCGCUGUGCGCGCUGGCUCUGCUGCAAAGGGCUCGCUGCUGGCAGGCGUCAGCAAAGAAUAUGUGGAUGGAGUUUCCCGUGUUUUGGAACUUGCGUUGGAUGCAUCCAGCAAGUGGGAGGUUGCGCACACUGACUUUCUGGAUCCACCUACCAGAGAGGCUGCAUUGACUGCGCUUAAACGAAUGGCGGACUGUUCUGGGAUUGUUUCUGGCGGGUAUCCUCAGGCAGAGCGGUGCCGACUCUCGGUGGGAAGACCGGACGUUUUGGAGUUGAGUGGGGCGAGUGAGGAAGAGCUUGGGCGAGGGUACCCUGGGGCGGUCGCUGCAUUGGAAGUGAGUGGCAACUUCAUGUUUGACUCGGCCGCACAUCCUGACUUCCUGGGCGCAAUUCUCAACACCGGGGUGGUCCGGAGCAAAGUGGGGGACAUUGUUGUCCAAGGCGAGAGGGGCGCUCAGAUCCUGGUGGUUCCCGAGAUGGUCGACUUCUUCAAGGGCGCCCUCAAAACGGUCCGCACCGUUCCAGUUACGGUUGAGGAGGUGCCCCUCACCGAUCUGCGGGUCCGGCCACCUAAAGUGGACUCCAUCAAAACCUUCGAAGCUUCGUUACGGGUGGACGCGAUUGGGAGCGCCGGCUUCCGCAUGUCCCGGAGCAAAUUGGUCGACAUGAUCGAGUCAAAGCAGGUCCGAGUAAACUGGAAAGAGGUUACGAAAAGCGGGUUGACUGUAAAGACGGGGGAUGUCAUAUCCAUACGUGGGAAGGGGCGAGUAGAGGUCGGAGAAAUAUCGGAAACGAAGAAGGGUCGAUUCCAGGUUGAGUUGACCAGAUUCGUCUAACCGGGCGUAAUGACAUUUGAUAACAAGAGCAGGUAAAUGAAAGGCCUUAGUAUCACUGGAAAAGAAAAGAAUGAACGGUGUUGAGGGGUUGUGACGGUCCUACCGUCGUUUGACCGAAGCAGCCUCGAUGCUUAAACAGCAGUUCAUGAUGGCUCUCUAACA